AUGAAUGGUGGUCUAUAUAGUUAUGACCCGUCUAUUGAAUACUAUACUGAGAAUGCUCCCGUAUAUCGCAAUAACUACUCAUCUACAUUUACACAACAUACAACAAAUAAUUAUCUACGUCAUUCUUAUUCACCAUGUACCACCCAUGAAGAUAUUCAUUUACAAAAUAAAAAACAAGCAGAUACAGUCAAUCAACGACAUGUAAAUUUGAUCAAUCUUCAACAACAACAACGACGACGACAAUCAUAUUUUGACAAACAUAAUAUUUAUAAUGAUAUUUCACCAUCAACAGCAUACUAUGAUCGUAUUCAUGCACAAACUCGUUCGAAUACUACUAUAUAUCCACAGCCGAAACCAUCUGCUUCUUCACUAAAAAUUAAACAAUCAAAAGAAACAUUACCUUUAACAAUAAAUCUUCAAAUAGAACCAAAUUCCAUCAUCGUAUCAACAAAUAAUUCAUUUCAACCCAUCGUAAAACAUCAGCCUUCAAUGCAUAAACCAAUUGCUGAUCAUACUGCUUCUCUAGUGAAACCAUUAAGUGAUAAUAAUGAUCCACCACUUGAUUAUCCUAAUUAUACAAUGGAUACACUUAUUCAACGAUUAGUGCCUAGUGAUAUUUAUAAACCAAAGGAUUCAUUUAUUUAUCCACUGCUUAUGUGUUCAAGAAUACAUAUGCGACCGAGUUUAUUAUUAAAUAAAUUAGCUCAUUUAACAAUAAAUUCAAUAACAAAUUUAACUUAUGAUCGAGGUGUUCGAACAAUGAAAAAUUUUCUUUCUAUUUUAUCACAAUGGACUCAAACAUUUCCAUAUGAUUUUCGUAAUACAGAAAUGAUGUCACAAUUCGAAGAACUUUUACGAAAAAUAAAUUCAUAUACAUCAACUCUUCAAAAUAAUACGAAGCAUAUUGAUGAAAAACUUCGUUCAAAAUUAAAAGCAUUAGCAAAAUAUGAAGAAUAUAUUCGACAAUUAGAUAAAAAAGCAGCACAUUGUCCUACACAAACGGGAUUAUAUACUGAUAUAAUCAAUGAAUGUCCAACAUCGAUAUUAUUAGCUCAACAAUUAGCUCAUAUUGAACUGGAUAGAUUAAAACCAAUUGGUGCUGAAGAAUUAAUACAAUAUUUUAUUGCGAAAUCAGCUUCAGAAGAAGCACGAGCACAUCCCAGUAGAACUCAUCAUAAUCAAACAACAACAACAUCAACCAAUACGAAAUCUUUAGAUAUUAUUCAUGAUAGAAAAUUAACAACUACUUUUGAAACUUAUAUACAAUGGUCUAAUCGCUUGACGUUUUUUGUUACAACAGAAAUUGUUAAACAUACACAAAAACGUUUAAGAAUACAACUUAUUAAUUAUUUUAUUGAUGUUGCUCAUGAAUGUUUACGUUUACAUAAUUUUAAUUCAAUGUUUGGAAUAAUCGGUGGUUUAAAUAUGCAGCCAGUCAAACGAUUAAGAAAAACGUGGGAAAAAAUUCCACGAGAUAGAUUUGAAGAACUUGAACAAUAUAUAAAUGCAACGAAAAAUUUUACUCAUUAUCGUCGUGCACUUGAAACAGCUAUGGAUGAAGCGAAAAGACAUGAAUGGAAAAUAGAUAAUAUAGUUAUACCAUUUACUAGUCUUAUUUUACAAGAUGUUUAUUAUAUAAAAACACAUAGUAAAGAUUAUACAUCCGAAGGUGGUAUUAAUUUACAGUGUUCAUUUAAACGAGAUGAUGCGAUUAUUAAUUAUAUAGUAACAACUCCAACAUUUAGUGAAGACGCUUUGAUGCUUGCUUCAUUUGAAUGUGAACCAGCCAUAACAUCAAAUGAAAAAGAGAAAUUAAGUCUACUUCAAAAAUCAGUCAAUACAUCAUCGUCAAAAUUUUAA